CCCCCCGGGGCGGGGGGACCGUCUCGGCAAUGUGGGGAGUCUGAUUGGGUCCGGGGGGAGGUUUCGAGGGGAGGAGGACGAGUGGAGAUGGCGAGGCGGACUGUUGCUUUUCGUUUCGGAGGUUCCUGCUGCGUCGGUGUUGUGGAGAGGUAGCCUUGGAGGUUCAUGCGCGGCGAUGAGGAUGACUGCCGCGGAUCAGUCCAAAGUGGGGCCGUUGGAGAGAGAUAUUGAGCUGGCAAUUACUGCGUUGAAAAAAGGUGCAUGUCUGCUCAAGUACGGGCGCAGAGGGAAGCCCAAAUUUUGUCCCUUCAGGCUGGCCAAUGAUGAAUCUGUUUUAAUAUGGCUCUCAGGCAAAGAAGAGAAGCAUCUGAAGAUAAAUCACAUCUCCAGAAUAAUACCAGGGCAGCGGACACCAAUAUUUCAGAGAUAUCCGCAACCUGAGAAGGAAUAUCAAUCAUUUUCACUCAUAUAUGACGACAGAUCGUUAGAUUUGAUUUGCAAGGAUAAAGAUGAAGCUGAAGUUUGGUUAACUGGUCUAAAAGCACUAAUAACACGUCGCAAUCAUCAGAAGGUGAGAGGAGAAUCAAGAAGUGGAGUUUCAUCUGAAGCAACUAGUCCAAGAGCACAAGGGCAAAGUAGUUCAGCAUUUAGCUCUCCAUUUGCUAGUGGUGAUAGUUCGCAGAAGGAUCAGACCGACAAUUCGUGCCUUCAUACGCCAGUUGAAAGUCCGACAAAAAUCGGUUUAUCGAAUGGAUUGUCAGAUGUGUCCUUAUGUGCUCUUCCUCCCAAGAUUUUCUAUCCUUCAGAAACUGCAUCUGGCUCUAUUCAUUCUCGCUCAUCAGGGGGAUCAGAUGGAAUGACUGGACGCAUAAAUGGAACCAAUGUGGAUGCAUUUAGAGUGAGCUUAUCAAGUGCUGUCAGUUCAUCAAGCCAUGGAUCUGGUCAUGAUGAGGGUGAUGCUUUAGGGGAUGUUUUUUUCUGGGGGGAAGGCACUGGAGAUGGCAUUAUGGGGGGCGGGGUCCAUAGGAUUGGUAGUUCUUCUGGGACUAAGGUGGACUCCUUGUUUCCCAAAGCCUUGGAAUCUGCUGUAGUCCUUGAUGUUCAGAAUAUAGCUUGUGGUAGACAGCACGCUGCUUUAGUUACCAAGCAAGGAGAGGUUUUCUCCUGGGGGAAGGAAAUAGGAGGCAGGCUUGGACAUGGUGUAGAUUCUGACGUUGCACAUCCAAAGCUUAUAGAGGGACUCAAGAAUGUGAAUGUCGAGCUUGUUGCCUGUGGAGAGUACCAUUCUUGUGCCGUUACCCUGGGCGGUGAUCUAUACACAUGGGGUGGAAAUUCUAGCAAUUUCGGGGUCCUUGGACAUGGAAGUGAAUCAAGUCAGUGGGCUCCCAAAAAGUUAAAUGGACCCUUGGAAGGAAUACACGUCUCAUCUAUUUCAUGUGGACCAUGGCAUACAGCGGUUGUAACUUCUGCAGGCCAAUUGUUUACUUUUGGUGAUGGAACUUUUGGUGUAUUAGGACAUGGAGAUCGGACUAGUGUGUCAGUACCCAGGGAAGUGGAGUCCCUUAAGGGUCUUCGCACUGUCCGUGCAGCAUGUGGUGUUUGGCACACUGCUGCUGUUGUUGAAGUUAUGGUUGGGUCUUCAAGUUCCAGUAACUGCUCUUCUGGGAAGCUUUUUACCUGGGGCGAUGGAGAUAAAGGUCGACUUGGACAUGGCGAUAAGGAGGCAAAACUAGUGCCCACUUGUGUUGCGGCACUUGUUGAACCAAACUUCUGUCAGGUGGCUUGUGGUCACAGCCUAACUGUUGCACUAACCACGACUGGCCAUGUUUACACUAUGGGAAGCCCUGUUUAUGGUCAGCUAGGAAAUCCACAAGCUGACGGAAAGCUUCCUACCCGAGUUGAUGGAAAACUCUUGAAAAACUUCGUCGAAGAAAUAGCUUGUGGUGCUCAUCAUGUUGUAGUUUUAACUUCAAGAACGGAGGUUUAUACUUGGGGAAAGGGCUUGAAUGGUCGUUUAGGUCAUGGGGAUACGGAUGACAGAAAUUCCCCAAUUCUUGUUGAGGCUUUAAAAGAUAAACAAGUGAAAAGUGUAGUCUGUGGUGCUAAUUUCACUGCAGCUAUAUGUCUUCACAAAUGGGUCUCAGGUGUUGAUCAAUCAAUGUGCUCGGGUUGCCGUCUUCCAUUUAAUUUCAAAAGAAAACGCCACAAUUGUUACAAUUGUGGACUUGUCUUUUGUCACUCGUGCAGUGGUAAAAAGUCGCUCAAAGCUUCCAUGGCACCAAAUCCUAACAAAGCAUAUCGAGUGUGUGAUAGUUGUUUUGGAAAGCUUACUAGAUCCCCUGACACUGACUCAUCGUCUCAUUCAUCUCUGAGUAGGAGAGGAAGUAUGAAUCAGGGGCUAAAUGGACUUAUCGAAAAGAAUGAUAAAUCUCUUAUUCUGGUUGGAAGUAAUUUUUCUGUAGAUUUAAGUAAGAAAGUGGGGACAGAACCUUCCAGUAGAUACAAGAAGCUGGAUGUUAAUGUAGGUCGUGUCUCACCUGUUCCAAAUGGGGUUUUGAACAAUGGAUUAUUGAACAGCUCGAAGUCUUGGAACCCAGUGUUUGGAACGUCCAAGAAGUUUUUCUCUGUUUCUCUUCCUGGAUCAAGAAUUGUUUCUAGAGCAACAUCGCCAACAUCCCGACGUUCAAGCCCACCUCGUGCUGCAACACCGACUCGUUCAGUUCUUACGCCAUUCAAAGUUGUUGAUGAUGAUGCCAAAAAGACAAAUAGUAGCCUGAGUGAAGAAGUUCUUAAGCUGAGGUCUCAGGUCGAAGAUCUCAAUCGAAAAGCACAACUUCAAGAAGUUGAGCUGGAACAAACUAGAAAAGAGCUGCAAGAGGCUCUCAUGAUUGCUGAGCAAGAAAGUGCAAAGUGUAAGGCAGCUAAAGAAGUAAUUAAGUCCCUCACGGCCCAGUUGAAGGACGUGGCUGAAAGGUUACCUAUGGGAACUGCUAGAAAUUCCCCUCCCUCCGGUUUGUCUAGCCUUAUUCUUCCCAAUGAUGACAAGUUCAGUGGAGCCAGCGAGCAUGCGAGCUAUACUGUUAGUUGCCAUGAACCAGAUGAGAAUGGAUCGAAUGGGCUUGUGAUGCCUGACCCCUCAAGUGACAAUGGUAACUCCAUUUCAAAGCACCCUGAGCAGACAUCUGAAGCAAUGGCGAGGAACAAAACCAGAGGGCCAAAAGUUGAAUCUGGGAACGGAGAUUGGGUUGAGCAAGACGAGCCAGGUGUUUACAUCACCUUUGUGUUGCUGCCCGGAGGCAUCAAGGAUCUUAAGCGUGUCCGUUUCAGCCGGAAGCGCUUUACCGAGAAACAAGCAGAACAGUGGUGGGCAGCUAACAGGAGUAGAGUUUAUCAGCAAUACAAUGUGCCGAUGGCAGACAAGUCGUCCACUGUUUUCGGGAAAGAAAUGCUUGCUCACUGAUAUGAGGUGGAAGCAGGCUUCAGGGAAAAAAAAGAAAAACAUGAAGUUGGUGAUCCUCCGGAGGGUCAUUUUAUCUCGAGGAAAGAAUUAAUCUCUUCAAUUUUUGUUUCUUGAGCGAGUGAUGGCGUGUUUGUUUUUUCACCCCCUCCGCCUCAUCCCCCCGUUCCGCCGCCGCCCAUUUGCCCGUCCUCUCUGCCACGUAAUUGACCCUUUGCAAUAGGAAAUCAGAAUUUGUAAAUUCUUUGUAAGUAGGCCUGUGCACUUAACUCAGAACACGCUGAAUUGUAAAUUUGUCACAUGAAUCCCAAUCUUUUCUUGGUCCGUCGGAC